GCCUGGGUUAGGCUCCCUCUCGUUAUCCCCACGCUCGGCCACUCCGCCCCGCAAUCGCCGGCCAAUACAAUCGGAGCCAGCGAGAGACUGGCCGCCGCCGCCGCCCACUGCCUGCAGGUUGUGCAUCCCAAAUAACUUGUCUCUUGCUGCACUAAAUUCUUCUGUGCUUGGAAUGGCAGCACCCAAGCCCAUUACUCGGCUUAUUUCCCAUGUCAUUCUUGAUUUGGAUGGCACCCUCUUAAACACAGAUUCCAUUGUAAGUCGGGUAGUGAAACCAUUUCUUGUCAAAAAUGGGAAAUCGUGGGAUAGCAAGAAAGCACACAAGCUAGUUGGAAAGACACCUUAUGAAGCUGCAGCGGUUGUUUUAGAGGACUACGGACUCCCUUACUCUACCGAAGAGUUCCUCUCAAUGAUUACUCCAAUGUUUAGUGAGCAGUGGUGCAACAUAAAACCUCUUCCAGGAGCUUAUCGUCUGAUAAAACAUUUAAGGGGUAAUGGGGUGCCAACUGCUUUGGCUUCAAACUCACCAAGAUCUAACAUUGAAGCCAAAAUUUCCUGCCAUCAGGGAUGGAAAGAGUCUUUCUCUGCAAUUGUUGGUGGUGAUGAAGUAGAAAAGGGGAAGCCAUCCCCAGAUAUAUUUUUGGAAGCGGCAAAAAGAAUGAACACCGGGCCUUCAAAUUGCCUAGUAAUUGAGGAUUCCUUGCCAGGUGUUACAGCUGGAAAAGCUGCAGGAAUGCAUGUCAUAGCUGUACCUUCAAUACCCAAAAAGGCUGCUGAGUUCAGUUCUGCUGAUGAGGUGAUCAAUUCCCUUCUUGACGUAAGGCCUGAAAAUUGGGGUUUGCCACCAUUUAAUGAUUGGAUUGAAGGUACCUUACCUAUAGAACCAUGGUUUAUCGGUGGUCCUGUGAUCAAAGGAUUUGGCCGUGGUUCUAAAGUACUAGGAAUACCAACAGCCAACUUACCUGCAGAGAACUUUUCCGACCUAGUGUCAGAGCAUACAUCAGGCGUGUACUUUGGCUGGGCUGGACUUUCAACACGAGGUGUAUAUAAGAUGGUUAUGAGCAUUGGCUGGAACCCAUAUUUCGACAACACUGAGAAGACAGUAGAACCUUGGUUGCUUCAUAAUUUUGGUGAGGACUUCUAUGGAGAGGAGCUACGCCUUGCUAUCGUUGGCUACAUAAGACCCGAGGCCAACUUUCCUUCGCUUGAGAGCUUGAUAGAGAGGAUUCACGAGGAUGGGAGGAUAGCAGAGAAGGUCCUAGACUUACCGGUGUAUGCCAAGUACAAAGACUCACCAUAUUUGAGAAACCCCUUGUAGCAGGGAAAUUCUGCUGCUGCUGGGAAUCAGGCUGAGCUGAAUCCCAUGUGAGAAGCCCUUGUAGGAGGGUCCUAAAUAAGUUGUCACAUAUUGUUCUGUUUGCCAAGUACAUUGUUGUUGGUGCAGAAACAAUUCGCUUAUACUCGAUUCUUUCCACUUUUUGGAAGCAACGGUAUUGCACUACAUGGCUGCUCAUCAAAGAGGAAUGUUGAUACCCUUCAAAAGAAAAAAAAAAAAAAAGAGGGGUGUUGAUUACAGAGAACUGGUCGGCAGUUCUGCACUCUGUUAAUUACUGCAUUGCAGUAUUCUACUGUGGAAAGACAUACAUUUUCACUGUUUUAUGUGAUAAGAAUUGUGGAAGUAGUACCACUCAAGUCUCA